AUGACCGGUGAAAUAAGUCCGCCGCCGUCGAAGCGGCGGAGAAUAGUGCCGACUCAGACGACAAAACUGCCCGGCCCGCCGUCUCCACCGCCUCCACCGUCUCCAGGCUGUCUGAGAAUAUACGCCUGGAAUAUCAACGGCAUCGCGCCGUUCUUACCACAGAAAAACCCAAUAACCAAAUAUUUCCAGCCAAAGGCAGGGCCGGCGAGGAGCAACACCGAGAAGCCGCCAAGGGCAGAACCUUCUUUACGAGCCUUUCUUAGCCGACAUCACUGGCCAGGCAUACUCUUUCUCCAAGAAGUGAAAAUAUCAGACUCGGACAUCGAGACGCAAAAUGCCGUCCGCUUGGCCGUGAAUGCGCGACUGCCAUCUGGAAGGGGAGAAGACGAAGGCCCCCGGUACAAGAUCCACUUCACACUUCCCACAGACCGGAAGAAUGCGCGUGGGCUGGCAGGCACAGGGAAGGUUUACGGAGUAUGCAGCAUCGUCCGAUCGGACAUAUAUCGUCUCUUUAAUUUGUCAUGCCGUUUCCGGACUGUAGAUUGGGACAAGGAAGGCCGAGUCUCCAUUGUGGAACUGACGUCACCUCCAGAAAGCUGUAGUUCUACCAAGAUCGCCAUCUUUAACAUAUAUGCUGUAAACGGGACAGAAAGUCCGUACAGAGAUCCGCGUACGGGAGCAGUAAUGGGUACAAGGCAUGACAGGAAGUUGGCGUUCCACCGACUGCUCGUGGAGGAAUGCAUAUCCCUGGAGGAGAACGGAUGGAAUGUGGUUAUGGCUGGAGACUUCAAUAUAGCGCCAGCACGUAUGGACGGAUACCCGAAUCUUCGUACUUUUCCCUGUCAACAUGUCUUCAAUCGCGCCGACUUCAUUUUCAAGUUCUUGGGAAAAGGAGAGCCGAAAACCGGACAAGAAGCGAAGCAAUGGCAUGGCGUGGAUAUCUGGAGAGCUAUGAAUCCUGACGUUCGACGCUUCACGUACUACCCACGUACCCGCCAAUGGGGAAUCAGCUGCGACCGAGUGGACUACUUUCUGAUCAGCAAGAAACUCUGGGAUGGAGGCCGAGUCGGAGGGGCGGGUAUGUUGGACAGCGAGGAGGAACGAGGCCCUAGCGACCAUGUGCCAAUCUGGGCCGACAUCCAGAUUCUGACGCCUACUGAAGAGUUUGCUCCAGGGGAAUGA